AUGGUUCGACUUGAUGAACACAAACAAAAAGAAUGUACCAAAAUAACUGUGCCUUGCGCACUUAAAGAAUAUGUUUGUUUGGAUUCAAUCUGUCGAGGUGAAUUACAAGAGCAUUAUUUGAGUGAUAUUCAUCAAAAAGUAAUAAUUAGUAUCAUACGUCGCUUUCUGUCGAAAGAAACAAAUGAACAACAUGAACGUGUAUCAGGAAUGGAUAUUGAUAUGGCAGAACGUGCAUUUAGUUCAAUACUUACAACAACAAAUCGAAAUACCAGUACACAAAUUCAAGAAAUUUGUGAAACAAUAAAUAUUCUUGCUAGUGGAAUUCAAACAUUAAAUGAUGAUGCACAACGUUUUAAUAAUGAAUCAAUUCGAUUACAAAAUUCAAUUAAAUCUGUGACAGAAGAAUUUUCAUCGAUCAAAUUGAGUAUUCAAGAACAAAGUUCGUUUUUAGAUGAUUUUGAACCAAAGCAAAAUAUUCUUCAACAAGAUGUUGCAUCACUGAAACAAAAAAUUGAUGAUAUGCAAUAUGUAUCUUACGAUGGAACAUUAAUUUGGAAAAUAACUAGUUUUCAUGAAAAAAUGAUGGAUGCUCAAUCUGAACGACAAACUUCGAUUUAUUCACCUCCAUUUUAUUCAUCCGUAACUGGCUACAAAAUGAGAGCUCGACUUUAUCUAAAUGGUGAUGGCAAUGCUCGACGUACACAUGUGUCAUUGUUUUUUGUUCUCAUGCGUGGUCCAAAUGAUGCUAUAUUAAAAUUUCCCUUCAGUUAUAAAGUUACAUUUUGUUUGCAUGAUCAAACUCCUACACAACGACACAUUAUCGAUUCUUUUCGACCUGAUAUUAAAUCGAAUAGUUUUCAAAGACCUCGAUCAGAAAUGAAUAUUGCUAGUGGUAUACCUAAAUUCCUUCCAUUGACGAUGAUUCAGCAAGAAGGUAAUCCAUAUAUACGAGAUGACACAAUGUUUAUCAAAGUGAUAGUUGAUUUUGAUGGCAUGUCGAAAGCAUUGUUAUCAUAUGCAUUGAAUCUCAAUCCUGGAUUUCCAAUGCAUAUUCAACAAUUGAUGAUUAAACAAGAAACAGAACGAAAAACACAACAACAACCUCAGCAAACACCUACAUUACCGGCAAAUCGUCCCGUAACAUUAAUGUAA